AGCAAUUUGAGAAAAAUAUUCAUAUAAAAUGCAAAAUUAUUCAGUGAAAUGUGUUUGUGAAUAUGGCCAACAUGAUUGGGAAAAUGUUUGAUACGCAUAUUUCCUAAAGCUGAUGAAAAUUGUGAUUGCUCCACUCAGUUGUGCACGAAUUGUAUAUAUUUAUCGAUUCAUACAGUCAAUAACAAUAUUGAAAUUCAAUUGAAUUACUUUAUUGACACAAUGGACGCCACUCAACUCACCGAGCUGAUGGGCAGUCACGAUUUCAUGCAGUUGCAGCAGCAGUUGCAGCACAACAACAACAACUACAACACCGAUGGCCACAAUGGUCUCUCGCCGGAGUCUGUGGAGCGCAGCUCCAGACCUGUACGACGCGCCACACGACGCACCUCACAGCUAAGCAAUAACACCUACGAUCUGGAGAUGACCGAUUCCAGUUCGCAGAGCGACGAUACGAGCGGCGGCGGUGGCAGCAGCAACGGCGGCGGCAGCAGCACCAACAACAACAGCAGCAAUCAGCUGGGCCCCGCGCUGGGCGGACAGCGUCCCUCGAGUCGCGGACGGCAGCAGAAUGGCGGCAAUCUAACGGCCAAUGGCAGUAGCAACAACAACAACAGCGGCAGCAAUAACAACAACAACAACAACAAUCGUCGCCGCAAAGGCGCUUUAAAUGCCAAAGAGCGAAAUCUACGCCGACUCGAGUCGAACGAACGGGAACGCAUGCGCAUGCACAGCCUGAACGAUGCAUUUCAAUCGCUGCGCGAGGUCAUUCCGCACGUGGAAAUGGAGCGACGUCUGUCCAAGAUCGAGACCCUGACGCUGGCCAAGAAUUACAUUAUCAAUCUGACGCACAUUAUACUCUCGAAGCGCAAUGAGGAAGCCGCCGCCAUGGAGCUGAAUGCCGGCGCUGUGGGCGGCGUGCUGCUGACGAAUCUGACAGCCGACAGCAAUGUGGUUGCUGCUGCCAAUGGCGCCAGCAAUGGCUUGUGCUUUGACGAUGCUCUGACUACUGCCGCAGGCGCAGGCGCUGGCGGCGGUGCCUACGACUGUGCGCUGCUCGCUGCCAGCGACGGCACUCUGCUGAGUGCAGCAACGAGCGCCAAUGCCAUGCAACCGCUGCCCAUGCACAUGCACGCCGACCAGCAACAGCACCAGCAACAACAACAGCAGCAGCAGCAGCAGCAGCAACAGCAACAGCAACAGCAGCAGCAUUUGCCACACCAUCAUCACACCCAACAGCCGCAAAUGUUGCACUCCCAUGCGCAUCUAGGCAACAACAUGCUGCUGCCACAACAGCAGCAGCAGCAGCAACAGCAACAGCAACAGCAGCAGCAUUUGCCACACCAUCAUCACACCCAACAGCCGCAAAUGUUGCACUCCCAUGCGCAUCUAGGCAACAACAUGCUGCUGCCACAACAGCAGCAGCAGCAGCAGCAACAGCAACAGCAACAGCCACCGCAGCAACCUACGCUCAUACUCAAUGGUGGCACCACUUUAAAUGUGGGUGGCGUUGCUGUCGCUGUCGCUGUGGGUGGCUCCGGCAAUGUGGGCGUGUCUGGGGGCGUGGGCGUGUUUCCCGAUGUCAAUGAUAAUUUCGAUGAGCCCUUUCGGGAGUUUCUCUAAACAACCGCGAAUGGGGCUAAUUAUGUAGGUCUGUGGUAAAAUGGAUAUAAGUACACAAAAUAGAAUUUAUAGCAUACAUAAUAUCCAAAA